AUGGCCAUCAAGUACGGGAUAAUCGGCACGAAUUGGAUUACGGAUUCGUGGAUCCUGGCUGCAAAGAAAACUGGCAAGUGGCAGCUGCAUGCUGUAUACUCGAGAACACACGACCAGGCUGAGAAGUUUGCAUCCAAACACGGAGCGACCAAGCUCUACACUUCGCUCGACAAGCUCUUCUCAGACAACGAUCUGCAAGCCAUUUACAUCGCCUCACCAAACAACCUCCAUUACGAGCAGGCGAAGCAAGCAUUGCAAGCCAAGAAGCAUGUCAUUCUCGAGAAGCCAGCCACUUCGACUGUAGCAGAGCUGGAUGAUCUGUUCAGGAUAGGGAAAGAGCAAGGCGUUUACCUCAUCGAGGCAUACAGACAUAUCCAGGAAGCCAACUACAAGAAGCUCCAAAAGCUUGUAAAUGAAGAGAAGAGGCUGGGUCCGAUCUAUGGAGCAAGUUUUCAAUAUGCUGCUUACAGUAGCCGAUACAACAAUGUGCUCGCCGGCGAAGAGCCGAAUAUCUUCUCGCUCAAGUUCUCAGGUGGCAGCCUCGUGGACAUUGGGGUGUACCCGGUGGCAUUUGCCGUUGCGCUGUUUGGAAGACCGAAAUCUCAGAUCUACGUGCCUGUGAAGUGCCAUACAGGAGUCGAUGCUGGAGGUGUUGGGAUCCUGCAGUACGAAAGUUUUGGGGUGCAGAUCAAUGCCUCCAAAGCAUACCAAAGCACUGCUCCUUGCGAAAUCUAUGGUCAGAAAGGAACCAUUACGAUCAAUGCUACUACCGAUAUCAGUACGCUCGCGCAUUGGAACCCUAAGACGAAGCAAACCGAGGAAUUGGCGGGUCCGUAUAAGACUGUGGAGAAGCCGAAUGUGAAUAUGGAGGAGGAAGCGCUUGAGUUCGCCAGAAUAAUAGAUCAGAACGAUGAACGGGCUCUUGGCGAGUUGGAGAAGAUUUCCAGGGACGUUCUGCAUGUCACUACAGACAUGCGCCGGCAGGCGGGUAUUAUAUAUCCGGCUGACAACCGGUGA